CUGCCGCGCCGCACCGUUCAGCUCGUGUGUCACUGUCUCCAGGAUAUAUCAGCCUUACAACCUCCGCGAUUUCAUAAGUCUAAGGAUCUUAGAGAAUCAUGAAGAUGGGACACCUCAACGUGAUGUUGGCUGGUGUUGUAUUGGCUGCAGCGUUGGUGACGGCGAGACCACCCAAACAUUACAAACGGGAAGCGCCAAUCAGCUCAUCAUACCUGCCACCGUCUAGCGGUGGAUUCGGCAAACCAUCAUCUUCAUACGGCCCUCCACGGCCGUCAAAUAGCUACGGCCCUCCAUCAAAACCAUCCUCCAGCUAUGGAGUCCCCAAGCCCUCAUACGGUGUACCAUCAAGCUCAUACGGUGCGCCAUCACGUCCCUCGACCAGCUACGGAGCACCCAAGCCAUCGAGUAGCUACGGAGCGCCAGCCGGGCCGCCAGCCACCAGCUAUGGUGUCCCAACGGGACCAUCAUCACUGUACGGUGCCCCGAAACCCUCCAGCACCUACGGCGCUCCCUCAGGAUCAUCUUCAUUUAGUGUUCCAUCUAGCUCAUAUGGAGCCCCAUCACACAGUAGCCCUUCAAGCUCAUAUGGGGCUCCUGCUCCUUCUUCUUCGUACGGAGCACCCACGGAUUCUUACGGAGCACCAGCUCCAUCUUACGGUGCCCCGUCUGCUAGUGGCAGCUUCGGCUCUGGACACGGUAGCUUCGGUUCAAGCGGAGGAAGCUUCGGCAGUUCUAGCCACGGAAUUGGUAGCUUUGGCGCGGGUCAUGGCAGCUCUGGGUUCGGAAGCAGUGGAUUUGGAUCAAGUGGGUUCGGAGGGGGUUUGUCGUCAAGCUACGGUGCCCCAGCUCCACCUUCAAACAGUUACGGCACUCCGUCCAGUUCUUAUGGAACUCCAUCUAGCUCAUAUGGAGCUCCAUCAAGCAGCUACGGUGCACCUAGUUCAGGAGGCCAUGGAUCUGGUGGCUUUAGUUCUGGAGGGUUCUCAUCUGGUGGCCACAGCUCCGGAGGACACGGCUCCGGCGGUUUUUCAUCUGGUGGACACAGUUCCGGAGGACACGGCUCCGGCGGUUUUUCAUCUGGUGGACACAGUUCCGGCGGCUAUUCCUCUGGAGGACAUGGUUCAGGUGGCCAUUCUUCUGGAGGUCAUGGUUCUGGAGGCUAUUCCUCAGGCGGACAUGGUUCUGGAGGCUACUCCUCUGGCGGACAUGGUUCCGGAAGCUUCUCAUCUGGCGGACAUGGUUCCGGAAGCUUCUCCUCCGGCGGACACGGUUCGGGAGGAUAUUCGUCAGGCGGUCACAGCUCAGGAGGACACAGUUCUGGCGGCUACUCAUCCGGUGGACACGGUUCUGGUCACAGCUCUGCUGGUAUACCGGCAACGAUAAGCCAGGGCUACGACUCAAAUGGCGGCUAUGUGUACUAAAUAUGGAUAGGAGAUAUUUUCUUCUUAAUGACUGAUUUUGUAUUUGUCGAAAUGUUACAUAGAGAGACAGACAGAUUUACUGUAAAUGCAUGACGGAGGUUACCAAUAUAAAUAAAAUAUAUUGUCUGUGUAACUAACAUAAGCCCCUUGACAAACACUACUCUAGACUGUGUUUUUAUGACAUUGUAUACUUUUUCUUCCGUCAGAAUGUCUUCAAAUCAAAGGCACUCACACUACACCCCGAUCGCUCAAGUAACUAUGAGUUGGUAACUAUGAGCCCUCUUAGUAUUAUUAUUUUAGGUUAACGAUCUAUGUACAAAAUAUAUUUUUAAGAAAAUUCUCGUAUUUUGUAGAAAAAAUAAAAUGUAAAUAACUA